AUGUGCGCUCAAACAAGCCAGGGUGGACCGUCUCGUAAACGCCGAAGGCAGGCUGUUGUAUGCACGGAGUGUCGUCGACGCAAGAUCGCAUGCGAUCGAAAUACUCCCUGCGCCCAGUGCAUUCAAUCUAACUCCCCUUGCACCUACUACAAUUCGUACAACUCAUAUUCCGCGAGCGCCGACUUCUCCAGCGACCAGGAUAAUAGCGUUAAGCCCCAGCACCGACGAUCCUCGUCAACAGCUGUUCCGGCGAUACAUAACUUUGGACCAAGGAUGCAAUUGCCCAACCCCACGACGGUCAAUUACCAUGAUACUUUCACCAAUGCCGCUGACAUGAACACAUUACUUCCAACCAGUACCACAGCUCUCGAUACGGGGGCUACAGGCUGGUUCGAUACCAACAAUCUUGGUCCUUUGACGGCGCCACUCAGCAUAAACCUGGAGACUCCUCCCAUACCAUUCACGGACGUAGGGCUUGAUGGGGUCACGAGCAUGGCGGAAUCGACAGCAAUGGAUGCUGUGCAGACACUAAGCUCCCCAUCUCAACACCCGGCCAAAGUAGUCUUCCUGAAGUCCAGGUUAUACGGGCCAAGUCAUUGGAUGACCCUCUUCCGCAAGUACGAGCAACAGGGUCUUUUCAACGACAUCAUUAAUGUCAUCUCCCAUGGUGAGGGUUAUUCCGUCUUGCAACAAUGUAAACAGCUGGCGCAGAGUUUGAAGGCAAGGAGCUGUCCCACUCCACAGUUGCUUUCGCGGCCACCUCAAGAGCUCAUGCCCUCGAGGGAAGUCUCCGACCGGCUGGUACAGUUGUACCUACGCACCUUCGAGUCGGUGCUCCGGGUUCUGCAUAUUCCCAGCUUUCAGGAAGACUACGUGCAAUAUUGGAGCAACCCGCAGGCGGCUAGUGAAUCGUUGGUCCUCCAAAUCCUACUUGUUCUGGCAAUCGGUACAUGUUUCUACCAGGAUCCCUUGUCAUCGGAAGGUGCUGGCGGAGGCCCAACAUUGCAUGACCAGUCGACACAGUGGAUACAUGCAGCCCAUAUAAGGCUGACGGCUCCGUUCCGGAAGAGGCACCUCGACCUUCGCGGUGUGCAAAAUCAGUGCCUGCUAGUCAUUGCCCUGUUGACCAACACCAAUGCUGUCGGUGGAGACCUCGCCUCAAUCACCACGGCUUCACUCAUACAAAGUGGUAUGGCCAUCGGCCUUCACCUCGGGCCUAGCCAAUUACCCGUCAGCCCCUUGGAUGCUGAGAUCCGACGAAGGCUGUGGGCGACGAUGCUAGAGCUAGCAGUGCAGGCGAGUCUUGACUCGGGCAUGCCCCCCGUCAUCUCAGCAGAGGCUUACGAUUCAUGUGAGCUUCCAUCUAACCUCGACGACUCCCAGAUUAGUGAAUCGAGCACAUCCUUGCCGGCAUCGCAACCGAUGACCACAUUCACACAGAGCUCAAUCCAAUGCGCCUUGCUGAGGUCACUUCCCAUCCGGCUCAAGAUAGCCCAAACACUGAGUCGAUUUCGCACUAAGUUACUGUACGACGCUGCCCGGUCCAUGGGGGCCGAGCUCACAGCGGCCCUCCGCGAGACGUCGGAGCUGAUCGACUCCUUCGUUCCCACUCCACCAUCGGCCUUCCAGGUCCAGCUCCAGGACCUCUUAGCAAGGCGCUUCCUACUCAUCUUGCAUGCACAGUUUGGGCACAAGGCAUCCAGCGAUGUCAACUACCAUUUCUCGCGGACAGUCUGCCUCGACUGCUCCCUUCUUCUGCUGUCACCCUCGCCCAACAGUAGCACCAACGAAGCAACAGGGCGUCGUGACGGCAAUAUCACGUCUUCCUCGCUCAAUGAUUACACCAACCUCCGUCUUUACGGUGACGGAUUGUUCAAGAACGUCUUCCUGGCCGCAUCCUUGACGGUGUGUACCGAGCUCCUCCUUCAGCUACGCGAGGACUCAUCGCCCGCGGCGUCCUCGCUAUCGCGACGUGAGCUAAUACAGACUAUCGAGGACGCUACCUCUCUGACGCGCCGCCGUAUCCUUCGGGGUGAGACCAGCGUGAAAUUACACGCCUUUCUCGCCUGUGUGCUGGCCAAGAUCGGCACCUCUAAACGUCGCCUAUCUCUUCAGCACAAGCCGCCAACCGAGCAGGUCGUAGCUAACGCGGCAAAGCGCACCCUUGACUCGUGCUCCAGUAUCCUAGAGGCCAGGCUACGUCGCAUGGAAACAAGACCACAUCCAGGCCCUAUUGUCAAUGCUCCACUGGGUAGCCAUCUCUCAUUCCCUGAGUUGACUCCCCUCGAUACUGAAAAUGGUGAUGGGCUUGGACGAAGAGGUGCCGUCUCGACAAUACUUGAGCGAUCCAGUGGCACUAGUCCGUCACUGGAUGACGGCUCCGAUGCUUGGUCCUUCCCAGCUUGGGAGAAUGAAACUGCCUCCUCCUGA